CUCAGGGCAUGAAGUCACGAACUGUUUUGAACUCCACGGGUACCCUGACUGGUGGGGGGACCGGCCUCGGGCUGGAAUUAAAGGCAGUGGACGCGGCAAACCAAAUAAUCCUGGAGCACCUCGUGGUAAACCGGCAGCCAAAGCACAUGCCACUGUUGCGUCAGAAAAUAUGAGCAAACCACCAAAAGACGGUGAAAGCAGUAGCGGGACGUCAACACCGCUGCCAGGUUUCACGGCUGAGCAAUGGAAAUCUUUGCUUUCCAUUUUUGGUAAUUUGCCCCCUUCUAAUGAUCGCAUGGCCGGACCGUCUCUCGAAGAAGCUGAUUGGGACGGGUGAACGACGG